UGUUGAAAUUUCUCACUCAUGUUUAUAGUGAUAAGGUUUUUAUAGGCCUCGGCUAUUGGCUCUACACAUUGACUGGGAUAGUUUUUCGCAACAUUAUGAGGUGUUUAGUUGGUUUAGUGCUUGUCUCAACCCUCGUCUCCGUCUCUACUGGAAUGAGUCUUCGCGGCGAAAAAAGACGCGUCCGAAGACAGAUUGGCAUUUUCCCAGGGACCCUUUGGUGUGGUGCAGGUAAUGCUGCAUCAUCUCAAAAUGACCUUGCUACUGGCACAGGCAGAGCUGCUGAUAUGUGCUGCAGGACACAUGACUCGUGUCCAACACAAAUCCUCCCAUACAAGUUCGAUCAUGGUAUAUUCAACCUCAGACCAUGGCCAAUCUCCCACUGCAGUUGCGACAACAAGUUCUAUGACUGUCUAACUGCCAACAAAGAUGCAGUAUCCGACAGUGUGGGCACCAUGUACUUCAACAAAUUACGAGUGCCCUGCUUUGAUAAUGGCAAGACGACCAUGAGGACGUAUAUCAUACAGACAAAUCCUGGCCUGAAUGAUGGCAAUGUGAUGUAGACAGCGUCAAAUCUUGUAAUGCACAACCUUAGGCUGUAUUUGACUCCCUGUUCUCCACUGGUCAGGAACAAGCCAAGAAGAUGGUAAAGCACUCCUUAAUCUCGAAUGCAAUCCGACUCAAGACUGAGAUGAUGUGAGAUUCGGUAGCAAGAACUGCCCAAAGAUGCAUUCGGGGCAGUUCACCACAUGGGAGAACAUUGUUCUUUGCACUCGAGCAGGAAGUCGACUACAGCCGAAGUUAAUACUCCCAUUUACAACGAGUAAAAUAUUCAAGGAAAUUUUCUCAGGCUGAAAUUCCCACGCAAGAAAUUUUGAACUCUCAUCGACUCCAAAAAGAUGACCUCAAAGACAUUGUAUUAUAUACUAACAUAAUAUAAUUUUAUUCACAGUCAUAUAAUACAAAAUAUGCAAAUUUACAACAUUUCCCAAAUGAAAAGAUUAUCUUGAAGCAUGGAAAAUACAUACCGGUAUUGUUUCUGGUUAUAUACGAUAAAGGCAAUAUAUUAACAUAACAGGCCUCAAAGAUAACCAAGUUUCAAAUCCAUGGGGUAUUACCAAGAUUCAAGUUCAACUAUCUCACACAGCAUUCAUUAGUCUAUAUGGCAUUUCUAAGCUGUAUUUGUACUUAGGUCUCUUUGGCAGUGAAUCUCCCCUCAUCCUUUUAGAAGGCAGAUGACAACAGUUAUGUCCCUGUAGAAGGCAGACGACAUCAGUUAUAUGAUCCCCCAGUGAUUGAAGCUUUCUGAAAUCCUCCAAUAUUAUCUAGUAUGUAGGACCUGCAAUAAAUAGUUAUAUAUUUAACACAAAUGAACAGCUGUAUAAUGUUUUUAAAUCAUUGUGUAUUCUGCUGAAGCAGAACAACUUGCAAUGCGUAGCCAGUCACAGGAUUCCUCACACUGCAUGUGAGAGAUGGCAAAAAAUCAAUGGAUACAAGUCUUACACUGUAAUUAUCCAAGCCUCUCUAUUUUGGAAACCUCUUCAAGGCACUGGAUUACCCAGCCCUGCUAUUUCUAUCCCAGAAGCUCAAAACUGGUGUAUCUUUGGCAUUGCUAUUGCCAAGCGUGUGCGAUGCCUGUAUUUUUAUUCUUCAUCCUUUUUUUCUGAUUCACCAACUAAAUUGUUAGCCUUGACUUAGUAGGAGAAAAUCGCAGCACCUUGCAGCAUGAUGUAGCACAUUAAAAUAGCAUAUCAAGCGAGCAGGUGAAACCUAGAGUUUUCUUCAAAUCAUGUCAUUCUUAUUUCUAUUGUUUACCCAACAUUGUAUGAUUUUUUAGUGAGAUGGAAUAAAAGGAUGAGAAAUUA